AUGUCCAAUACUGACGAGAUAUAUUCUGGCCGAACAGGCAAGCAUGUAAAUCGUACCCUUAUCAUCAAUUCACCACCUUUCAGAGAUCAGUGGAAUACUUUCGAUAGUACAUGGAAUAAGCGAUUUGUACAAGCAGGAAAAGAGCUAUUAGACGUAACAUUAGGGGAAGCUUUUGAGCGUAAGGUAAUUUCAUUCCACAUCAUGAGUCUUUCUGGCCCUAGUAAUGGUAUGGAAAACUCCUUGCCACGUGUUACUUGUCUUGGAGCAUCAUGA